AUUUUAAUAUCUUAGGUUUAUAUUUUUAGGUAAGUAUAAUAAAGUAAUGGAAGACAUAGAUGAUAUCAGAGAAACAUGUGAACAACAAGAACUAACUUCUCCAGACGGUGUGGCAUCAGUUGAUGUGUACAAACAGUUACUGGUUAUUUAUUUGAUUGAUAGUGAUGUAAUUAAUGCAAAGUUUUUAUGGAAACGAAUUCCAGAACAGAUAAAAUCUGAAAAUGUAGAACUUCAAAACAUAUGGAAAAUAGGACAAUUUUUAUGGAAAAGAAAUUUUGCUAAUGUUUUUACUGCUGUAUCCACCCAGCAAUGGUCAAUGGUGACGCAACCUUUACUGACAAAGUUGUUAAGCAAUCUUAGAACUCGUAUAACGGAUCUUAUAGCAAGAGCAUAUUCUAUUGUUAAAAUUGAAGACAUGUGUUUACUGGUCGGGUUGGAUGAAGCCCAAGUUAUUGAACUAGCUUUAGAAAAGUCUUGGGAAAUUGACAUUGAUAACAAAUUAAUUAAGCCAACUCAAGAAAGUACAAGUAGUAAUGUAAAGCAUGCUUGGAAUACUGGCGAUAUAAGUGAAGCUCUCAUGAGUAGCUUGACUGAUUAUAUUAGCUUUCUUGAAAAUUAGUUGCUGUAACAUUUGUUACAGCAUGUAAAACAUGCUCAUUGUUAGCGUAAUCCCUGUGUCGAUUUGUUUUUCAUGGCAAGAGUGGUUGAAAGCAUGUAUUGUGAAUUUUUUUCAAGGCUUGAAUGAAAUAUGCUUUAUAUAUAUAUGUGGUUGAACAUGGUAAAAAGAGAGUAACGAUGCUCUUUUUCCAAAAUUUCUCAGAAGUCUUCUAUCGGGUUUAGAAUUUGUAAUUUUUUGUUUAUACGAAAGAACAAAAAUGUUUUAUAAGUUUGUAUUAGUUGAAUUUCUUUUUUAAUGUGGUUCUUGAUGUCGACUUAAUUUCUAUGAUAAUAAGAAAUGGUUAAUUUUGA